AUGAGGAGAGAGAACCAGAGCAGUGUGACAAAGUUCCUCCUCCUGGGGCUUCCCAUCAGACCAGAGCAGCAGAGUGUCUUUUUUACCCUAUUCCUGGCCAUGUACCUGACCACAGUGCUGGGGAACCUGCUCAUCAUCCUGCUCAUCAGGCUGGACUCUCACCUCCAUACCCCCAUGUACUUCUUCCUCAACCACUUGGCCUUCUCUGACAUCUCCCUUUCAUCCAUUACAGUUCCCAAAAUGCUGAUGAAUAUUCAGGCUCAGCAACAUUCCAUCUCCUACAAUGGAUGCAUCUCUCAGAUGUAUUUUUUUGUUCUCUUUGGCUGUCUGGAUAAUUUCCUUCUUGCAGUGAUGGCCUAUGACAGGUAUGUGGCCGUCUGUCAUCCACUGCACUACAUCACUGUCAUGAGGAAGGAAGUCUGUGUCUCCUUAGUUGCUGGGUCCUGGUUGUUCUGUUGUGUCCAUGCCCUGCUGAUCCGAUUGUCUUUCUGUUCCAAUAAUACCAUUCCGAACUUCUUCUGUGACCUCACUGCCCUCCUGAGGUUGAGUUGUUCAGACAUCUCUCUCAAUAAGCUAGUUAUCUUCACUGAGGGGGGAUUACUUUUCAUCCUGCCUCUGAGUAGCAUCCUGGGCUCUUAUAUUCACAUAGGGAGCACUGUCCUGAGGGACCCUUCAACAAAGAGAUUCUUUAAAACCUUCUCUACCUGUGGCUCCCAUCUCUUCGUGGUAUCUUUAUACUAUGGGACACUUGCAGGCGUUUACUUUUUCUCUUCAUUUCAGAAUGCCAGUGACAAAGACAUAGUUGCUUCUGUAAUUUACACAGUAGUCACACCGUUGCUGAACCCUUUUAUCUACAGCCUGAGAAACAGAGAUAUAAAACAGGCUCUAGAAAUAUUUGUUACUAAGGCCAAGUCCUUUAAGUGA